AUGAGUCUUCGUCUGGUGCUGCUGCUGACACUGGUCGAAGGCCGAAUGCGUCCAGCCCCUCCGCAGGACCUGAGCCUUGGACCUGGUUAUCUGGACUCCCUUCUGCUCUCACACGAGGGUGUACGCAGGGAGACCUAUUGGUCUGGCACUGCUUUCCCCAGAUCUUGCGAGAGCACAGGUGCGAACUAUGGCUUGCCGGGAGAAGAUCUGCCUUGGUCUCGGGGGCGCAGCGUUUUUCGUAGCUAUGUGGCCUCGGACGCCCCAAACUCGGAAGAGCAGGAAGAGAUGUCGAAGCUUGCGUGGGAUCUGUCCCGCUGCUGGUGCACCUGCGGAUCCUGCAGUGAGCUACUCCAAGUGUGCCCUUUGGGUGCGCUGACAGCUUUGAACCUGAUGCGCGUAACAUCCUCCGUGAACGUGCCCUCCAGAGUUGCCUCCUUUGUGAACACUGUGAGCGUUUGCUCCCACAUGGAUCCCUACGUCCUUAUGACGAAGGUCUCCCAUUGGCCCGAGCUCCUGCUUUCCAGCUGGCCGAUCUUUGGAUCCAUCUUCCGCCUUUCCGUACAGGUGCUGCAUGAUGGACUGCACGAAGGCCACCUUGAUGGCAUCUUUGCCGCACAAGUCGAACAAGCCCCGGCGGAAUGGAAAGUCCAUGGCCGGACCUGGGUGGCGGCCGAAAGCUUCUGCGAGCUUCUGGGCUUCCGUCCCACAGAGCAGAGCUGCCCGUUACUGCUGGCAUCGGUGCUGGUGAGGCAGGCCCUGAUGCUGGCGCGCUCCACGGAGAGCCAAGCUAUUGAUGCGAUUGAGACGCUGGUUGGCCGUGCACAGGUGCUGGUGCACAGCGUGCUACCAUUAGUUCCUGGUGUGAACGAGUGCAUGAAAUCGCAAAACCUCUUUUUGGGCUUGAGCCUGUUGCCGGAAGGGCGGAAUAUGUUUAAAGACCUCAUGGAGCUGCAAAAUCUCCUGGAAGGCUGGCUGUAUAUCUUACCCGACACUGCGGAAACAACUUUAAGUCCAAAGCGAAGCUCUGCGAUUUGCCCGGCAGCGCGCGGGGCGCGUUGGCAGGGUGAAUGGCUCCUGGAAACUGACUUCCUGAAGGAUUUUGAGUCCCAGCUGAGCUAUGAGUCGCUCCAGCAUGAGCACCUGAGAGCCCCGGCUGGGGCGCCCAAGCCUCCCAAACCAGGUCAGCGGCAGGCAUGGGUUUGCACGCUCUUUGCUGGCCCGGAAGUACCGGAAAGCCAGGUGGCCCUCCACGCCGAACUCAUCCGCACCCUGGCCUACUCUGUGCGCCGGCACUCCUGGCACUCACGCCCUUUCGUGGUGCUUACCGAGGCCAGUAUCCCGGAUUUCAUUCUGCAAGAGCUCCUGGCCGACGGAUUGCUCAUCGAGUACUUCGAUGCUUCACCCUUGCUCAUGCAGGUGCCGCAAGACUUCGAAUGGAAGCUGAGCUGGUUCUCAGGUCGUGGGCUGACUCCUACCAUGGGACAGCUGGCCGUAUGGAAUUUGACUGGGUGGGACACCCUCGUCAUGCUGGAUGAUGAUAUGCUGAUGCUAAAGCCGGCGGAUGAGCUCUUUAGCAUCCCGGUCUUCGCCAUGUCCCACGACCCGACACCCAUCGGUCAUGCGUUGGACGAUGGCGGGCAGAGGACUCGGCUAAACAAUGCUGCCCGAGUCGUACAGCCGUCUGCAAAGGUCUUCAACACCAUGGUCGCAGAAUUGCAGUCAGGCAUGUACAAAGAUCAUCCUCUCGUCAACUUCUGGGGGUAUGACCUGCAGACACUGGAAGAUGCGUUUUGGAGCCGUCGCAGUCGUCGAAGUGGCCUUGCUACCUUCGAUGACACAAAAUCCUUCCAGGGCUGCACCAUUGCUCGACCCGGCCUCGCACGCAAAAAGCAGCAAAGCCUUGCGGACGCCCUCCCCGACGAGGCAGAAGCACGUCGACUCCGGGAAUUUGAGGCGAUCGAUCCGAAGGAGGAGGUUCACUGCGUGCUCCCGGCAGACUACAACUUCUUCGUGGAUUUCGUGAGCGUCUUCCAUCUGGUUUACUACUCCAUCUCUCAGGAAGAGCUUGGGAGCUGGAGCACGCGGCAGCUCAUGCGUGAGCGGAGGCGCCAGUAUCCCGACAUCGACAACUCGUGCUUGAUGGACUGGCACAGCUUGUCGCAUCGCGAACAGCGCCCGAACGAGACGGCGACUGGGCAGGAAGUUGAGCGCGGACGGCCCUGCCUUCGUUGUGCAUGGGCCGCAGAGCCCGGUGGGAAGGACCAGGAAGACGUUGUUUUGCUGCUCGUGGCGCUGUGCUUUCACCGAGCACGGCUGGCCUUCCUCCAAGCAGAAGAGCAGCCUGUCGAGAGCACCAGCGACACAGGCAACGACCUCGACCUCAGCUCAGAGCGGGAAGUGCUUCCCGCCGAGGUGGUUCCUGAACGUUAUGAUCUGCACCUGGAACUGGACCCAGAGCACUUGGACACAUUCUCCGGUGAGGUUACAAUUACGCUGGAAGUGACCAGUGAGACACCUUUCAUCACUCUUAAUGCGCGUGCGCUGUCCAUCGACAUGAAGUCUGUGGUUUUUAGGCAACUGGGCUCGGAUGCCGUACAGGCACCUGUGGAUACUGCGGAGGAUGCAGAGCUCGAGCGCGUAAGUUUCCACUUCAGCGAGAACCUCCCUUUGGGCCUGGCAACUCUGCAGCUGAGCUACACAGGUCAGCUGGGCCAGGACAUGGCGGGUUUGUACACCAGCAGAUACAAGAGCCUGCAUGGCUGGAAGUCAAUGGCGCUGACUCAGUUCGAAGCAGUUGAUGCCCGGCGCAUGUUCCCGUGCUGGGAUGAGCCGAGCAAGAAGGCUAUUUUCGGCCUCAGCGUCAGCAUUCCGUCGGCGCUCUUUGCCGUGUCCAACAUGCCCAGCGCGUCCGAGACGACAAUCAGCCGGAAGAAAAACAGGAUCACCUUUCUGGAUACCCCGCGAAUGUCCAGCUACCUACUGGCACUCGCCGUCGGCCGAUUUGAUUCCAUACGGGCGCAGACGGAGAGCGGGACACUGAUCCGUGUCCUGACCGUCCCGGGUCAAGCCGACUUGGGAGAGUUUGCGCUGGACAUUGCGCGAAGGAGUUUGGUCUACUACGAGAGCUAUUUCGACGUUCCCUACCCCUUGCCGAAGUUGGACAUGCUUGCUGCUCCGGACUUUGCUGCCGGAGCUAUGGAAAAUUGGGGGCUGGCGAUUUUCAGGGAGGUAGACCUGCUUUGCAACAUCUCUACCGUGGGCGUGUCACGGAAAGUGCGGAUCGCGACGGUGGUUGCCCACGAGCUGUCACAUAUGUGGUUUGGGAACCUGGUAACAAUGGAGUGGUGGGAGCAGCUCUGGCUGAACGAAGGCUUUGCCAACUGGAUGCAGACCCAUUCUGUGAACAUGCUCUUUCCGGAGUGGCACAUGUGGGAGCAGUAUGUGGUGCAGGAGCAGAGCCGGGCAUUGAGUCUCGAUGCCCUGAGGAGCUCCCACCCCAUCGAGGUGCCGAUCCGCAACGCGAAGGAGGUAGAUGAGGUGUUCGACGCCAUUUCCUACUGCAAGGGCGGAUCCAUCGUCCGGAUGCUGAGUGGAGUGCUGGGUCAUGAAAACUUUCGAAAAGGCCUGGGUCUUUACAUGAAGCGCUUCGCGUACAAGAACACGGCCUCAUCGGACUUGUGGAAAUGCUGGGAAGAGGUGUCGGGGAUUCAACUGCCGGAGAUGAUGGACUCCUGGACACGACAGCAGGGAUUUCCACUGCUCAUCGUGAACGAGUCGCAGGACUCCGGUGUCAGAGGCGCGCGGAAGCUCAGCGUGAAGCAGCAAUGGUUUCUGGCAGAUGGCAGUGCUCAGCCUGGAGAUGGCGACAAGCUUUGGCAAAUCCCCUUGCUACCUGGGCCCCUCAAGGACGUCACCCAAAAGGGCAAGCAAGCGCUCCCCCUGCUCGACAAGAAGUCGGACACCUGGGAUGUUCCUGCAAGUGCAGGGGCCUGGAUCAAGUUUAACUUCGGCCAGCUUGCCCCGUACCGCGUGCUUUAUGCCAGCCCGGCUUUGAGGUCGCAGCUUUCUAAGGCGGUUCGCUCCGGAGAGGCCUCGGCAGUCGACCGAAUAGGCUUGCUCAUGGAUGCCAUGGCCUUUGCGAAGCAGGGCCAGCAACCCAUCCAUGAGCUGCUACGCCUUCUGGCUGCUUUCAAAGGUGAGAAGAUGACGCACGUGUGGGAGGCCCUGGCCAGUGUUCUGGGAACCUUGUACCGGACGGUGUCUGCAAUCCAGAGCAGCGAGUAUACCCUGGCCCUCCAGCAGGCCGUGGGGAACGGUCUCCUUCGCGAUGCUCUUGUGCAGACCGGCUGGUCCCCUUCGGAGCAUGAUAGCGACCUGGUCCGGCAAAAGCGAGCGCUAGUGCUCGCCCUGGUCGCACGCUACAUGCCGCAGGACAAGGAGGUCCGUAAAGAGGCACAGAAAAAGUUCGAUGCCUGGUUCCAGGCACCGACCCUGGCGCUGAAGCAAAGCCUUCUGCCAGACGAUCUGAAGACCUCUGUGUUCAGAAUUGUGCUUACCAAUGCCAACGGCAACGCGCAAUACCAAGCCCUUCGUCGCUACGUGAAGGGAUCAGAGACGCCGCAAGCUGUACGCCUCAGUAUCUACAAAGCGCUGGGGGCGGCCCCGCGGAAAGAUUUGCGAAUGAAGACGCUGGACAUGGCGAUGGGAGGUCGCAAUGGAGUCCGACUGCAGGACAUCAUGUAUCCAAUACAGGGAGUCGCCGCCAUGGAUCGGGAGGGUGCGCAGAUUGCGUGGCGCUGGUUCCUGCAGCGUCGCCGUGCCAUCACCGGUCGCCUUCGAGGUGCCAACGUGCGCCUCUUGGGCUCUGUGAUAGAAUGCGCCGCUGGGGCGCUGCCGGACAAGUCUCACGCCAACGCCGUUGAGGCUCUUUUUGAACAGCAUCCGGUGCCUGGGUUAGAGCGCAGCAUCGCGCAGCUGGUGGAGGCGAUACGCACAGAAGCCAAGUUCGUUGCGCGGAUGGAGGAUGAGAUGAGCCGACCAGAAAUGAAAGAUGUCUUAGAAGCUUUUCAGGAGUGA